GGCGGCGCGGGGACUCGGGGCGGGGAGGCGCCCCCAGCGGCCGGCAACCCGGCGCCCCGCACCUCGGGGCCGCUCUUCCCUGCGCGCUCUCUCGCUCCCCGCCAGAGGAAGAGAGACCACAGCACUGCUCCACCACCUGUGGAAACUCCCCCUCCCUAUACUGUGGUAUAAUGUACUGAGACUUGAAUCCAGGUCUCCCAUGUGAUAAGACAGCCAGUCUCCCAGCCUGUGGACACAGUACUUUCCAUCCUCUCUGACACCAUGAGGAACAUCUUCAAGAGGAACCAGGAGUCCGUUGUGGUUCCUGCCACUACCACUGCCACAACAGCAAUGGCACCUUCGCCUGCGCCUGCGCCCAGGCCUGGGCCUGCAGACAAUUCCACUGAGAGUGGGGGCCCGGGUAAGAGCAAGGAGUACAUACUUACGCAGAUAAAGGACAAGUUCUUCAAUGAAAUCUACAAGAUCCCCUUGCCACCUUGGGCUCUGAUCGCCAUUGCUGUGGUUGCUGGUCUCCUGUUCCUCACCUGCUGCUUCUGCAUCUGCAAGAAGUGCUGUUGCAAGAAGAAGAAGAACAAGAAGGAGAAGGGCAAGGGCAUGAAGAACGCCAUGAACAUGAAGGACAUGAAAGGAGGUCAGGAUGACGACGAUGCAGAGACAGGCCUGACUGAGGGAGAAGGUGAGGGGGAGGAGGAGAAGGAGCCAGAGAACCUGGGGAAACUGCAGUUCUCUCUGGACUACGACUUUCAGGCGAACCAGCUCACCGUGGGCGUGCUACAGGCUGCUGAACUGCCUGCCCUGGACAUGGGUGGCACCUCCGAUCCAUAUGUCAAAGUCUUCCUCCUUCCUGACAAGAAGAAGAAAUAUGAGACCAAAGUCCACCGGAAGACACUGAAUCCUGCCUUCAACGAAACCUUCACCUUCAAGGUGCCCUACCAGGAGCUGGGGGGUAAAACUCUGGUGAUGGCCAUCUAUGACUUUGACCGCUUCUCCAAGCACGACAUCAUCGGGGAGGUGAAGGUGCCCAUGAACACGGUGGACCUCGGCCAGCCCAUCGAGGAGUGGCGAGACCUGCAGGGCGGGGAGAAGGAGGAGCCAGAGAAGCUGGGUGACAUCUGCACCUCCCUGCGCUACGUGCCCACGGCCGGGAAGCUCACCGUCUGCAUCCUGGAGGCCAAGAACCUGAAGAAGAUGGACGUGGGUGGCCUUUCAGACCCCUAUGUGAAGAUCCACCUGAUGCAGAAUGGCAAGAGGCUCAAGAAGAAGAAGACAACAGUGAAGAAAAAGACCCUGAACCCCUACUUCAAUGAGUCCUUCAGCUUCGAGAUCCCCUUUGAACAGAUUCAGAAAGUCCAGGUCGUGGUCACCGUGCUGGACUAUGACAAGCUGGGCAAGAACGAAGCCAUUGGCAAAAUCUUUGUGGGCAGCAAUGCCACAGGCACGGAGCUGCGGCACUGGUCCGACAUGCUGGCUAACCCCCGGAGGCCCAUCGCCCAGUGGCACUCGCUCAAGCCUGAGGAGGAGGUGGACGCACUCCUGGGCAAGAACAAGUAGGCUGCAGUGGCUGGGAGGCGCCCUGCACAGACACUGAUGAGAUCCAGAGCUAUCAAUACCUCAGUUACGCCACCUUAGAGGUUUCCUUUUUCAUUUGUGGUCUUGUCCCUGUUCUUCUUUUUCUCUUUUGAAAGACCAACUUCCCUCUGAUGGCUGUGUGAGGAGAACACCCGAUGAGGUGAAAGAGAAGCCUGGCUCUUUUCAUCGUCCCAGGAGCUGUCCUGCUGCAUGCUCUGUCACAUCUCCCAUCACUCUUCCAAAGCUUCAUGCUCUCUGGGCAGCAAGUUGCAGCACUUCCUGUUUUGGAGUGUUCUGGAUCAACAAAAUGGCGGCAUAUCCGGUUUCUCAACAGGGAAGGCAGUGUAGUGGCCGUUCACCCAUGUGUGUGCUAGAGCCUGUGUUUGAGCACCUCUGUGUAGUCCUGGAGAGAGCCAUGAACAAUGACAUUGUGUGGGGAGAGAAGACUCUUCAGGGACUCUGGAAUGAAGAGAAGCUCAACUCGGAGGCCUUCUCUUCAUUUGCAGAGAGGGCUCAGAACCUGUUGGAUCACAGACACCCCCAUAUUUCUUGUGGGGGAAUGCAGGAUAUGGAGACUGGAUUUGUCCAGAACUAGAACCAAACCCCUGAUACCAUCAUAGACUUCCUUCUGUUAUGGUUUUUCCCACAAGUGUGGUUUCUGGGACACUUGUAGCAACGAACUAUUUGCUAGUUUAGUCAGACUUUAAUAGGGACCAUGAGUCCUGGACCUAUUCUUGUUGAUAGCUAAUAUCAAACUAUGAAGAUACAGAAGUCUCAUCGUUACUCAGAAAGAUCAAAUUGGAACUCCUGGAUCUUCACUUUCUUCUGGUGGGAAACACAGAUGCACUCUCCCUUUCCAGAAUAUAUGCAAUGCGGUUCAUUUGCAUUUCUUCCCCAUA